GAAAGGCUUUGAACCCUGUCAAAUUACUAAAUCACAUCGGUUCUCCUGGUCAUUCCAGAUAUUGAAGUAGCAGCAAACAGUAACCAGCAGCCGGCUUCGACACUUGUACAAUGCCACCUCGAAGAGCUACGCGCCAGAGCUCUGCGUCCACUGCCACGGUCGAAUCGACUCCCGAACCUGCACCAAGAGUUCGACGACAGACUCGUGCCAGUGUAGCCUCGUCUCUGCAAGACGAAGGGGAUUCGGAAGAUGAUCGGAUACCGGAGGAAGAGGACAGUCUGCUCGACGAGGAGAGCGACCGAGAACCAGUAGCUGUAAAGCGAGAGACCCGUGCGCGAGGAGCACGACCGGCUACAGCUCCCACAGCUACUGUGAAGAGGAGCAGGACAUCCAGUACCAAAGAAGCAGUCGUUCAGCCAAAGACGAGGACUCGAGCUUCUCGAGGCAGCUCCACCAUCGUUGAAACGGACGAGGCUGUAGUACCUAGACGCUCGGCUAGGCUGUCAAUCACCCCUACCCCUGAAAGCCCCAGCCUUGCCAACCAUAUCGAGGCCGGUAAUGGAAAAGCACGGCGGAAACGAGUUGUCAAAUCCGACUCUGAAGAAGAUAUCAUCGAAGAAGGCGGAUCUAUGGAGGUCGAUCAAGAUGGCGAUGAAACCAUUCAGGCACCCUCAACGCGGGACUCCAACAAGAUGACGCCUCAAGCACCGAAUGAUACAGCCGAAGUCGAAGAAGAUGAAUCGGAAGCGAGCGAUGUAGAGGAAGACUUGAUAGACAAAUCGUUACGCUUCGCGGCUUCUCGAUCGGCUACUCCGCUCGCAGCGCCUGCCAAGCCAGCAGAAGCCAUCUUGCAACCUUCAACCCGUCAGAACCUGCCUGUCGAGGUAAAGCCGCCAGUCGUGGUCGAGAAGGGUCCCAAGAAGCGACUCGUCAUUCGGAAAAUGGCCCUUGUCAACUUCAAGAGCUAUCGAGGUCGUCAAGAGAUCGGGCCCUUCCACAAGUCUUUUUCCGCAAUCGUCGGACCGAACGGUUCCGGGAAAUCCAACACUAUCGAUGCGAUGCUUUUCGUAUUCGGUUAUCGGGCCAGCAAGAUGCGACAAGGGAAGCUGAGUGAGUUGAUCCACAACUCUGAAGGUAGCGAGGACCUGGACAGCUGUUCCGUCGAAGUCUGGUUCGAGGAGAUCAUCGACAAGCCUGGCUCAGAUGCGUAUGAAGUCGUCCCCGGAUCGCAACUGAUCGUAGCGAGGACUGCUCAUCGGAACAACUCGAGCAAAUACACCAUUAACGAUCGUACCAGCAACUUCAGCGAAGUCACCACACUGCUCAAGAGUCGCGGUAUUGAUCUCGAUCACAAACGAUUUCUGAUCCUCCAGGGCGAAGUGGAGUCGAUCGCCCAAAUGAAACCCAAGGGCGCUACGGAGCACGAAGACGGUCUUCUGGAAUAUCUCGAAGACAUCAUCGGUACCUCGAAGUACAAGCAACCCAUCGAAGACGCUCAGAUCAAAGUCGACGAAUUCAACGAGGCCAGGGGAGAACGCCUGGGUCGACUCAAGUUGGUCGAGCGGGAGAAGUCAGGCUUGGAGGCGAAGAAGCAGGAGGCCGAAUCCUAUCUUCGGGAUAGCAACGAAUUGACUCGCAAGAAGUCGAUGCUGUAUCAGUUCCACAUUCAUACCCUGAACAACAACAUCACCAUUACGAACAAGAUGAUGGAGACACAUCAUGCAAGACUUGUGGCAGAGCAGGAGAAGAACGCAGGAAAUCUCGCCGAGAUCGAUGCGCUAACCCGGGCCUACGACGAAAAGCUCGAGGCUUUUGACGAAGUGAAGAAGCAUGUCGAUGUUUUGCUGAAAGACGCCAAGAAGUUCGGCAAAGAGGAGCUGUCUUUGGGCGAGAAGAAGAAGCACCUUGCGGCGAAACAGAAGAAGCUGAAGAAGACGCUGAGCGAGAAUCGCCAUGCCCGGUCAGAAGCGGCACAUCAGUUCGAAAGUCAAGGAGAAGAGAUUGACAAGAUCCGCAAUCAGAUCAACGAGAUGGAGCACCGCUUGGUCAAGGAGGAAGCCGAUUUGGAGGAAGUCAGGGAUAGCCUUAAAGACAAGACGGACGGUUUCACCUCCCAGAUCGAAACAUUGCAGUUGGAACUCGAACCAUGGGUGGCCAAAAUCAACAGUCGGCAAUCAGCUGUGGACGUUGCGAACUCAGAAAAGACCUUGCUUGCUGGAAAGGCGAUCGCUGGUCAGAAAGCCCUCGACGCGGCGCACUUGGCUUUGGAUGAGCUGAUGCAGACCGUGCAGUCUAAGCGGGAGGAGCACAAAGCCUUGACGGAAGAAAGCUCAGAAUUGCAAAAAGGACUUCAGACCGCGCAGAACAAGCUCCAGACCCUCCAAGCCAGGGCGGAGUCUUCAAAAGGGAAGGCCACAACGGCUAGGCAGAGAAGCGACGACGCUAAAUCCUCUUUGGCGGCAAACAAGUCAGAGAAUGCGGUUUUGAACACGCUGACGAAGCUGAAGACGCAGGGGCGGCUCAAGGGGUUCCACGGUCGAUUGGGCGACUUGGGCGUGAUCGAUGACAAAUACGACGUUGCUGUGACGACUGCCUGUGGAGCACUGAACAACCUGGUCGUCGAUACGGUCGAACAAGGACAGGCCUGUAUCGAAGUGCUACGGAAAGGUAACGUGGGACGGGCAUCUAUCAUGGUUCUAGACAAGCUUCCACCGAGAGAUCUGGCGCCUAUCGAGACCCCCGAAGGUGUUCCGCGAUUGUUCGACUUGAUCAAGCCCAAAGAUCCAAAGUUCGCUCAAGCAUUCUACAAAGGCCUCUUCAACACCCUAGUAGCGGAGGACCUGCAGCAAGCACAGCGGAUUGGUUAUGGCAAGAAGCGGUGGAGAGUUGUGACGCUGGCAGGGCAGUUGAUCGAUCCCUCCGGUACCAUGUCAGGAGGCGGAGCCAGGGUUCAAAGGGGAGGCAUGAGCUCCAAGUUUUCGGGCGAAGCUGUAGAACCAGAGGUCCUGGCCAAGUACGAGGAAGAGCUUGCCCUUGCCGAGGCCGACCUCGUCGCGCUUCAGAGCGCCCGCAAGGAGGCUGAAGCCGAGAUGGCGUCGAUCAAGAAGCGUAUUCCGAUAGUCGAGAUCGCGCUAGAGAAGCUCCAGAUGGAUCUCAACACCAGUGAUGCAAGGCUUGCCAACGCGAAGGAGAGAUUGCGUGAAGUCGCUAACGAAGCCAAACCCAAUGCCGAAGAUCAAAAGCGUAUAACCGGCCUCGACAAAGAGAUUGCUGAAAAUUCGAAGGAGUUGGACAAGCUCAAGGGCAAAACAUCAUCAAUAGAAUCGCGCAUCAAGGAUCUACAAGAAAAGAUUCUCGAAGUGGGAGGCGUCAAGUUGCGCGCGCUUCAAUCGAAGGUGACGAACACCAGAAGCUUGAUCGAUCUAGCCGGAGACAACCUCACGAAAGCCGAGGUAGCCAGGUCGAAAGCCGAGCGAGAUUCCGAGAAACUCGACAAAUCGCUCGCCGCUGAUACCGGCAAGAUGGAAGAGCUAGAGACAGAGCUAGAGACCAUUGAGGCGGAUUGGAAGGCCUGUGUUUCCGAUUUGCAGACCAUUCAAAGCAAAGUGGACGAGGCGCAGAUCGGGAUGGAGAAUGUACAAGACAUUCUGGUCGAGGCCAAGAAGGAACUCGAGGCGAAGACGACGAGCAUCAAUUCUUUCCGAGCGCUCGAAGUCGAGGUCAAUCAGAAGAUUGACGAACAAACGAAGCUCUUGAAGGAUCACAACGCCAAGCUUCGUCAUUGGGAAAAACGGUUCCAAGACCUGGAACUGGUUCACGUCGAUGAUGAAGAAGACGAUGAUGACGAAGAUAUGGACGAAGAGCAAGAAGAGGGGACUCGAAGCAGCUCCAGACGGAACAAGAAUGCAGAGGACGCUCAGCUGGUCGAGCACAGCGCAGACGAGCUGGAAGGACUCAAUCGAGACGUCCUUAAUGCCGAGAUCACGCAGCUAGAAGAGGAGCUAGGGCGUAUGAAACCCAAUCUCAAUGUGCUGGCUGAAUACCGGAAGCGAGAGAUUGAAUUCCUCGAUCGAGCGAGAGACCUCGACAUGGUUACGAAAGACAGGGACCAAGCCAAGCAACAAUACGACGACCUCCGGAAAACGCGAUUGGAAGAGUUCAUGGUCGGCUUUAGCACGAUCAGCAGCAAACUCAAGGAGAUGUACCAGAUGAUCACGCUCGGCGGGAAUGCCGAACUCGAGCUGGUCGACAGUAUGGACCCGUUCUCAGAGGGUAUCAUCUUUAGUGUGAUGCCGCCAAAGAAGAGUUGGAAGAACAUCUCGAAUCUUUCGGGAGGUGAAAAGACUCUCAGUUCGCUAGCCCUGGUGUUUGCCCUUCACGUAUUCAAGCCAACACCUCUAUACUUUAUGGACGAGAUCGAUGCGGCUUUGGACUUCCGUAAUGUCUCGAUCAUCGCCAACUAUAUCAAGUCGAAGACCGAGGCAGCCCAAUUCAUCAUCAUCUCUCUUCGAAACGACAUGUUUGAGCUCAGUCAUCGGUUGGUAGGAAUCUACAAGACCAACAAUAGUACAAAGAGCAUUGCCAUCGAUAACAAGGACAUUCGAACUCAGGCCCGCAAAGCCCAGGACAAGACUGUGUCCGUGGUUCCAGUAUGAUCGGGACCUCUUUCUUCGCUCUCGAUUUGGAAGGCCGUUUCACAAUUUCCACCCCUUCGAAUUUUCGCUCCAACUAUCACCGUGUUGCCUUGUCUUCAUUCCGAGCUCGGUGACGAUUGUACAUAUAUGUUUUUUGAUAAUGUAGAUUAUCCCUUUUCGUGUGCAACCUCGAAUAGAUGAAUGAACCAAUC